AUGACUGAGUUCUGGCUUAUAUCAGCUCCUGGGGAGAAAACAUGUCAGCAAACAUGGGAGAAAUUGCAUGCGGCAACUACGAAGAACAAUAACCUUGCAGUUUCUUCAAAGUUCAACAUUCCUGACUUAAAGGUUGGCACACUUGAUGUCCUGGUUGGUUUGUCGGAUGAACUGGCUAAACUGGAUGCAUUUGUAGAAGGGGUGGUUAAGAAAGUGGCUCAAUAUAUGGCUGACGUAUUGGAGGACAGUAAAGAUAAAGUUCAGGAGAACCUGUUGGCCAAUGGAGUUGACUUGGUUACUUAUAUAACAAGGUUUCAGUGGGACAUGGCUAAAUAUCCAAUCAAGCAGUCCCUGAAAAAUAUUUCUGAAAUAAUUGCCAAGGGUGUGACUCAGAUUGACAAUGACUUGAAAUCUCGAGCAUCCGCAUACAACAACCUGAAAGGGAAUCUUCAGAAUUUGGAACGAAAGAAUGCAGGGAGUUUGCUAACUCGAAGUCUAGCAGAAAUUGUGAAGAAGGAUGACUUUGUUCUUGACUCAGAAUAUCUCGUCACAUUACUGGUCGUAGUUCCCAAGUUAAACCACAACGACUGGAUUAAACAGUAUGAAACACUAGCUGAAAUGGUAGUUCCAAGGUCUAGCAAUGUUCUCUCAGAGGACCAAGACAGUUACCUAUGUAAUGUCACCUUGUUUAGGAAGGCAGUUGAUGACUUCAGACACAAAGCCAGGGAAAACAAAUUCAUUGUCCGUGACUUCCAGUAUAAUGAAGAGGAGAUGAAAGCAGACAAAGAAGAAAUGAACAGGCUUUCUACUGACAAGAAAAAGCAAUUUGGACCACUGGUACGGUGGCUGAAAGUGAAUUUCAGUGAGGCGUUUAUUGCGUGGAUUCAUGUGAAAGCUCUGAGAGUUUUUGUCGAGUCUGUUUUGAGGUAUGGCUUGCCAGUGAACUUCCAAGCAAUGCUCCUUCAGCCCAAUAAGAAAACAAUGAAGAAACUAAGAGAAGUAUUAUAUGAAUUGUAUAAACAUCUAGAUAGCAGCGCAGCAGCUAUUAUUGAUGCUCCUGUGGAUAUUCCAGGCUUAAACCUGAGUCAACAGGAAUACUACCCCUAUGUGUACUAUAAGAUCGAUUGCAACUUGCUGGAAUUCAAGUAA